CCUAGAGCUGAAGUCCUGUUAGUCGCCUCUGACUGGGUACCAACCCCCUAUUACUCUGCAGGCGCGUGAAGGAGAAGGAAACUCGCUGGGACCAUGCAGGUCUCCGCUGAAGCUUAGGCUAGAGAAGAAGCAAACCACCUUCGUUGGAACCUUGCUGCAGGUUUGAAGGUGGGAUUCAUCCUGAACCUAAAGAUCUAUCUCCAUUGCUGUCUUACAUCGCUUUUCGAUUGUCCUUCUGCCAGGCUCGGUCCACCUAUCUCUGUGGAGGGAAUACAACAGAAGACACGAGAAGAAAAAUGGAAUUCACUUGGUUUUUGUAGAGAUUCACGACAAGAAUCACAGAGGCCUAGGAAAGGCUGAAGAUACUAGCCCCCACCAUUAUUCACACAUCCCCUGACUGUUCUCUUCAAUUAGGUGAAGAAAGGCCCGCUUCUUUCUGGCCACAAGGCUCACACACCUAUAAGCAUGGGUCGGGCCCGGGAAAUGGGUUGGAUGGCAGCCGGACUCAUGAUUGGGGCUGGUGCCUGUUACUGCAUGUACAAACUGACCAUUGGAAGAAGUGAGGGGAACCAGCUGGAGGACCGGGAGGAAGAUGAAUGGGAUGAUGAGCAGGAUCUGGAUGAAGAGGAGGCAGACAUUUGGUUUGAUUUCACAGCAAUGGCUCGACCCUGGAGUGAGGAUGGGGACUGGGAUGAACCUGGGACCCCAGGUGGGACUGAGGACAGACGGUCAGGUGGUGGAAAGGCAAACAGAACACACCCAAUCAAGCCUCGGCCAUUCCCUUAUGAACAUAAAAACGUAUGGGGUGUACAGAGCUUUAAAUCCUUCAGUUGUAUUCUUGACCUGACCAAGUGUGUUUCCAGUCAAAGAAAGAAAAUAUUCACGGAGCCCACAAAUGCUGGCUUUCCCCUUAGCCACAAUGUCAGUAAGCAUUUGGCCAGCCUCUCAGUGGUUGGAAACAGGAGUCCCACCCCCCAGCCCACUGUGAGGGAGAAAGCUUUGCAUGUCCCUGAAAACCCAAACGGCAGCAUUGAAAAUGAGGGCCAGAUUAAGAUGUACAUCGAUGAAGUGUGUCGAGAGGCAGCGUUAUGUUGCUGCAAGUCACUUCUGCAGCAGGCAGGAUUAAGCCUGCUAAUAAGCAUGACAGUCAUUAAUACCAUGCUUGCCAAGUCCUUUUCAGACCUGAAGUUUCCUCUGAUAUCCGAGGGCAGCGGAGGUGCAGAGGUUCAGGGUUUGGAACCACUGAUGAGUUUGUCUGAAAAGCCAGUGCUGCUGGGGGAAGCGCUGCCUGCCCAAAUGCUCUUCUCAUUCAUGUGCUUCUUUACCAGAAGUGGGAGCAGAGAGAUGCUUGUGGAAGCCAUCUCCCCUUAAGUGGCUGUCUCGGGAAGAAUGAGACUGAAGCCACCCAGAGCCUGAGCGCUUUCCUGAGGGCAGAGAGGCUGCAGUGGGUGCCACCAAGGAUGCAGUCUUAGCCAGUCAGUCAGCUCCUCCCUGGGUGAGGGUCCUUCCAAUGUCUCCAUGGAGGGCUACACUCUUACUGGCCAGGCAGGGCUCUGAGAGAGCUGUGGGCAACUUCUGGCUUUUGUAGUCUGCAGGUAAAGUGCACUGUAAAUUGCUCCCUUGCAGCCUUCUUCAUGAGGUAAAGGGGAAGGGGACCCCCCUCCCCACGGCCACUAGCUGUGGAUAACUUACAGCCAACCACAGCAUCAGAGCGAAUGUCCUUGUUGCCCGUGGUGAUCUCCCUGUCUAAGCGGAACCACUUAGCAGAAAUGACACCCCUAUGAGAGCUUUCGCAGAACUCCCUUUGCAGCUGCUUAGGUUGAAGUAGUUCCCCUCUCCUCUGUCCCACACUAGCUGAUGGAUGGCUAGCAUGUCAAUCAAGAAAUGCACUCCCCUCCUGCCCAUUGUAGUGACUGACCCUCUUACUCCCCAGUCCCUUGCCCUCACCCCGAGUGUGUAUCCUCAAUAAACUGUGUGCUUCGAAUGGCAAGACGAUUAAAAAG